GGCAUGUUGAGUCACCGGCAGAUAGUGCUUGGGCUGAAUGGAUGCUGCCACUGCAUAAUGGUCCUCAGACGUUUCCUUGGCAACGUGGGGAGGGCAUGUGAAGAGGGAGGUAUAAAAGCACUGGCAGCUCCUCUCUGAGUCUUACUCUGAAGUAAAUGCAUUCACUGUCAACACGGAGAGCCUCAGAGAACUUGCUACACACUUUCUCUCCCUAUUUGUCACCUUCUUUCUCGGCUCACUUGACGGCUCAGCUCCACAAGUAGCUGUUCAAGAAUGAUGCGACCGAAAGAUUUACGCCAGGGUUCUGGCACCAAGACCUUCCUAGAUGCCAUGCACGGCGGUAAAGUUCACCUCGCACGCUUCAUCCUGGACGCCUUGGAUGGACGCAUCAUCAACUCUAAGACAGAAAACAGCCGCACUCCGCUCAUGUAUGCUGUCUGCCUACAAGACCCCGGGACCAGGGCCAAGUUCACCCGGCUGCUGCUGGAGAAAGGGGCAGAUGUCAACUGCCAGGAUGAGGACGGUCGCACAGCCCUGAGCCUUGUCUGUGAGUUGGGUCACCUGGACGUGGUCAAGCUUCUUGUGCAAUUCAAUGCUGACCCCGACAUCUUUGACGCCUGGGGUAACAGUGCUCUGAUGUAUGCUGCCUUUUCUGGGCAUAGCCAGGUUCUGGAGUUUCUGGUCCGGGCUUUCAAAAGAUUGGGACUGAGGCUGGACAGAACAAAUAAUGCUGGUCACUCAGCCAUCGAGGUGGCCAACUUCUUCGGACAUAACCAGUGCGUACAGAUUCUGAACUUUCCUUGCAGGAGGGGUGUUGGCACAGAUGAUCCACUUGCUGAUUCGGGUACCAAUGGUGAAGGAGAGUGUCGGCUGCCCAACAGGCUCCCCAGGCAUGUUCUGGAGAGGUUCUCCAAGCAGUUGAAUAGCAAUGAAGACCAACUGCCUGGGGUAUUUCAGAAACAGCUGAAGGUUGGUGACAGUAGCGGGCUGUGGAACCGCUUCAGAUGUCCCAGGAGCCAGUCUCAAGAGGAGAACCAUCGCCACAACUGGGCUCUGCCUCCUCAGCGAGAGAAAAGCCAGUUUGAAGGGGAUCACAGCGUUCUCUUCACAGCCAAACAACUGCAAAAUUGCCAGCUUAGAGACCCGAGAGGGGCUAAAACACUGAACUCUCUGCCUCAGCCAAGCCAGAAAGAUGUCAGAAACACUGGACUCCAAGAGCCUACACCAGUUAGUUUUCCUCUCUGGGGAAAAGCGAAGUCGUUUAACCUGGACCUUCUGAGCAACAGAAAGCAGUCCUAUCAGGGUGAUGUGCGUGACAUGAGCCUGUCAGCCAGCAAAUUAAAGAGAGCCUCGCUACAGGAUGAGAGAUGCCUUAUAGACAAGAUGGAAUGUCAAAGGAACACCCGGGGCCUGACAAACGAUGCUAACAAAACUGGCUCAGUGCCAAAACCUCUUUUAAACGGCAAAAGUCAGCCCGUGAGAGCAGUCGAGGAGAAUCUCAAAUCAGAAGAGGCUAAUGACAUAGUUCCAUCAAGUAAAAGAGAGCAGCAGAAGAGGGGAAGCUUUGGCCCGACCAGCAGACACAACAAACUGCUGUCUUCCAGAGGGGAGAUCGAGACGGGGAAGAUCCCAAGCCGUAUGCCGGGGUUCAUGGGCCUGGGCAACAGACUGCUGCGUAGAUUCACCGCACCAGAGUUCAUGAGAAUGGUGACAGACUGUUCGUCUGGCUCCUCUAAUGGCCGAGGGCGCAUGUCCCGCUCCGAAACCUUCCCUCUCUCUCACACACAUCAGCAGGUAAACAGCCAGCCAAGCGUUGACAGCAUCAGUGGAGUGAAGUGCGAGUUUGAAAGCUGCUCUUCUCAGUCCGCCCUUGAUUAGAAUAAGGACAUUAUGAAGCAACAGAAAUGGCUGGUAAAAAUUCUGACAAUGCAGUUUGAUUGUUUGAUGAUGUUAUCUAUUUAUUGAGAGAAAUAACAAUAUUUUGCUUUUGUUGCAGUUCAUUAGUUUUUUCAAUAUUUAUCAAUAAAAAACAAGAGGUUUAAAAGCUUAUU